UUAUUUUUUAUUUUUGAAUAAAAAAAAAAAGAAAAAAGAGUAAACGUUCUAGAUUGCGCGUACGCGUGACUAUGUAUAAACUGACUCACUUUUGACCACGUGUUUCCAUUCCUUCCAUAUCAUUACAUUAAUCCAAUUGGACUGUUUUGCACAAACAGAGUUUUGAAAAGAAAAAACAAACUUUUGACGAUCAAAUUCAUUUGAUCGCACGAUCACAUUUUCAUAAAACGAGAAUAACUGCUUGAGAGAUUCGAACGAGAACGAAAUCGAAAAAGCAAUUCAAUUUAAAUAUAUAUAUAAUAUAUUUGAAAACAUGAAAGAAAAAAACAUCGAAUAUUAAAAAUUCCAAAUAUAUCCAUUAUCAAAAAUAUUGAUAGCAGCAAUUAACGAAAAAUAGAAAUUCUUAAUAUCAAUUAUACCAAAUACAAAGAAUAUAGAACAUCGACUUAAACGACAUAUUAUUUAUUAUAUUAUUUAAAUACCAAAUAACUUAUAUACUUAUAUAUCGAUCAAAUAUCAAAUCUUCGAAACGAAAGGCAAAAUUAAAACACAACAAUUUUACAAACGAAUUUUCACUUUUAGCAAAGACGUAGAAUUAGAAUAAUCGGGGAGAAUUGAUAAAUCCGCAUUACGAUUCGUUAAUUCGAAGGGAACGAAAGGGAAGGAUCACGGAACGUGAUAAUUUGUCGAGGAUCGGCCAGUAUCCAAUCAUUGCCCCAUUCAACGUCACCGAUUAAAUCUAUCAUUAUUCCUCGUCGUUCCUUACACUUGGAAUGACACUGCAACUCUGCCAACCCCUAACAAUUAUCAAUCAUCCGACGUGUAUACCUACGUUUCGAAAGUUCCAUGGGUUCCCUCGUAUCUCCAUCUCUCCUCUCCCCUCCCCAUACGAACAUCACAACGAUUUCGAUCGUUUUUAUCCCCGAACCCCACGUAAUUCGAUCUGUUUACACGUUCAUCCAUCAACUCAACGUUUACCUCCUCCUUCCUUUUCCCGCUUCCCUUGUUCGAUUUUUACAAGCAUUGUGUCCAUCCUUUUUUGUUCUAACGUUAGGUUACGAUAGAAUUGCGUUGUGGAAAACCGCUCCACGAGGAAAUAUCUACUAAAAGAUUGUCGACAAAUAAUGGGUCGUGAGGUCAUAUUAAAGAGGAUCUUUUUCUUUUUCUCGAAGUGUACGAGGAAUAAAAGGGAAAGAUAAUUUUUUUAUUCGAAAUUGUAUGAUUAUUUAUCAAGAUUAUUUUCAAAAUAUUCAGGAUGUAUCAGGUUUUUCCAGUCAAGUAUAUAAAAUUAUGUUCAAAAUUUGAUACAAAAAUUAGAAUAAGGAUAAAAAAAUAUUAUACAUGCUGUUUAUUUAUAAAGAUAAAGGAAAUAAUAAUAAUAAUAAUUUAUAGUUAUCCAUCGUGCAGCGGAGCCGCGGCACCAGGUUUGGCGGCCGACAUGCACUUCCGGGACAAUGUGAUCGCUUUCAUCGGCCCAGCUUGUGCUUUCGCUCUUGAACCCGUGGCACUACUUGCCGCUUAUUGGAAUAUUCCUAUAAUUACCGGAAUGGGUGACCAACCGCCAUCAGAAGGGGAAUUAUCUGUAACAUCGGGCAUUCUUGGAAGGAUCAAUAAGAUGGAAUGGAGAAACGAAAGCUCGGGAAUAUUUAAAGACAAGAGCAAGUAUCGAACAUUAACAAGAAUGUCCUAUUGUCAAUGUCGACUUCGAUUGGUAUUCUCUAGUAUUUUUAAAGAAUUUGGAUGGUCCCAUGUGGCGUUAAUAUUGGACAGAUCAGAUUUGUUCUCGUGGACAGUUGGAAAAAAUUUGGAAUAUGGUUUGAGGAAAGAAGGAUUGUUAAAAUUCGUGAGAGAACUAGAUGGAAAUUUUGAAGAUGAGUCGUACCAUUUAUACUUACGCGAUGCUAGUAUGUAUGCAAGAGUGUUGAUUCUUAGCGUUCGAGGAACUCUGGUCAGGAAGUUCAUGUUGGCUGCUCACGACUUGGAAAUGACGAAGGGAGAUUGGGCAUUCCUUGAUGUUGAAAUAUUUCAAGGAUCUUAUUGGGGUGAUCACGACUGGGAAGUCGGUGAUGAGGACGAUACCAUUGCCAGAAAAGCCUAUGAAGCAUUGCUCAGAGUAUCUCUUUUGCAACCAACAAGUCCAAGAUUCCAAGACUUCGCCGACACUGUUCGUCAAAGAGCUCAAACAGAUUAUAAUUAUUCUUUCUCCGAAGGAGAAGAAGUGAAUUUUUUCAUCGGAGCUUUUUACGACGGCGUAUAUUUGCUCGGGAUAGCAUUAAACGAAACUCUGACCGAGGGUGGAGAUAUCAAAGACGGUAUAUCGAUAACGAGGAGAAUGUGGGAUCGAGACUUCAUUGGUAUUACAGGACACGUCAGGAUCGACGACAAUGGAGACCGCGACGCGGACUACAGUAUCCUGGAUUUAGAUCCUAUUACGGGAAGGUUUGAGGUGGUGGCGCAUUAUUUAGGAGUGAAUCGUGAGUAUAGCCCCGUAAUUGGGAAGAAGAUUCAUUGGCCUGGAGGAAGAGAAGGUCCACCGGUGGAUGUGCCCGAAUGUGGAUUUCUAGGCAAUGAUCCGGCAUGCACGUCCACCGAAGCCUAUACUUUUGUCGCAUAUACUAGCUUGGCACUUGUUGUGUUCCUCCUUGUUGCUGUUACCGCAAUUUGUGUGCUGUACAGACACUUAAGAGUAUCAGCUGAUCUGAACAACAUGUCUUGGAGAAUUAGACCAGAAGAGUUACUUUUGGAAAUAGGAAAACCUUUCUCUUCAAAAAUUAAUUUACACCAAGCGAUCGCUGAGAAUUUCGGAUUGGAACAACGUACUCGUCGAGGAUCGCAAUUUAGCGGUGGAUCUUUACCUCCGACCACUGCAUUCACAACGGUUGGAAUUUACAAAGGAGAAAGAGUGGCUAUAAAAAAAAUUACUAAAAAAAAAGUGGUUGAUGUCACAAAGAAAUUAUUAUGGGAAAUUAAACAAGUACGAGAUGUUACUUCAGAAAACACUGUUAGAUUUAUUGGUGCAUGUUUUUGUUCUCCAUCACCAACGGUUUUAAUCUUGACAGAAUAUUGUCCUCGAGGUUCCUUGAAGGAUGUAUUGGAGAACGAUGCCAUUAAAUUAGAUUGGAAUUUUCGAAUGUCUUUGAUCCACGAUAUUGUGAAGGUAGAGCAGGGAAUGUCUUAUCUUCAUGCUAGCGAGGUUUCAGCUCAUGGAAAACUUCGAUCUUGUAACUGUCUGAUCGAUGGUCGUUUCGUUUUAAAAAUUUCAGACUUUGGUCUUAAAACCCUUACUAUUCCUUCUGAUUUAAUUAUGGAUGAUAGUUAUUAUACUAAACUACUUUGGAUCGCUCCGGAACUUGUACCAUUAACUGUGACACCUGGCAGUGCAGCAACCCAAAAAGGGGAUGUUUAUAGUUUCGCGAUCAUUUUAGAAGAAAUUGUAGUUCGUGGUGGCCCAUAUGAAUCUGUGAAAUCAUUUAUAACUUCUCAAGAGAUUGUUAGCCGCGUAGCAGCAUCAGAAACCCCACCAUUCAGACCGGAAGUGGCACCAAAAGAUUGUCCACCGGAUAUUCUAUCUCUUAUGGAAAAAUGCUGGAAUGAAAUUCCAGAAGAACGACCAACAUUUCAUGCAAUUCGUGAAACUAUACGUGGCAUUAUGAAAGGUUACUGUGAAAAUUUAAUGGAUGAUUUAUUAAGACGUAUGGAACAGUAUGCAAAUAAUUUAGAAGCUCUCGUGGAAGAAAAAACAGAGCAGUUAAGUUUAGAAAAAAGACGUAGUGAAGAACUUCUUUAUCAAGUGCUUCCAAGACAAGUGGCUUGUCAACUGAUGGCCGGAGAACUCGUUCAACCAGAGCAAUUUGAAUGUGUGACAAUUUAUUUUAGUGAUAUAGUUGGCUUCACAGCUCUCUGUGCACAAAGUACACCAAUGGAAGUGGUGGAUUUUUUAAACGAUCUUUAUAGUACUUUUGAUCGUAUCAUCGAAUUUUAUGAUGUUUAUAAGGUGGAAACAAUAGGGGAUGCAUAUAUGGUAGUAUCUGGCCUGCCAGAAAGAAAUGGCAAUGAACAUGCAAGGGAAAUUGCUUUAAUGGCUUUAGCAAUUCUCGAUUCUGUACGUUCUUUCACUAUAAUGCAUAAACAAAAUGCACAACUAAGUGUUAGAAUUGGUGUACAUAGCGGACCAGUUUGCGCGGGUGUAGUUGGGCAAAAAAUGCCACAUUAUUGUCUUUUUGGUGACACAGUAAAUACUGCAUCGAGAAUGGAGUCUUCAGGUUUACCACUACGUAUACAUAUUUCUGAUGCAACGAAAUGUAUAUUGGAUAAAUUUGGAACAUUUGAUUUGGAACUCAGAGGCGAAGUGGAAUUAAAGGGCAAAGGACAAGUCAUUUCCCAUUGGUUAAAGGGUUGCUCUGAACCAGAUCCAAGACCACCGACACCGAAAUAUCGUAAACAUAGUGUCAGUACACCAGAAAAUAAUUUAAAUCCUUUAAUUUUCCCACCUAAUAAUAUAAAUGGUCUAAAAACCAAUAAUAAUACUUUCAUUAAUUUAUCAGAAUUACAACAAACCGUUUAAUUUUCAUAAUUAAAAAUAAAUAUAAAAAAUAUAUGUAUUAU